GUCAUCAAUCAUCGAUCAUUCAGAUCGGAGAGAAGAGAUACUCUGCUAUUCCUGAUAGUUAUCGAUAUUCUAAUGUGAUACUAUGAUCUAAAUAGAGCCUACCUGCUUUACAACCAGAACAAGCAUUAAAAUGGAAUCCACCGCCUCAACGGAAGGAUUUAACACACCAACACACACCAGCAUCCCAGACACCAACGACCCUGGCUGUGACCUCAACCUCGAUUUGGAGCUGCCCACCUAUUCCAGCCUACGCACACCAGUCACUUCCUGUCCCUGGUCUGGCGGAACUUUCAUAAUCCGCGACCCAAACACCAACCUAGUCAUCGCUCUCAAAGGCGGCGAGCUGGGUCUACACCCCCAGGAGAAAGAGCGCAAUCCCAACAUCUACCACGACGGCUGGGGCGGCCACUGGAUCUGCACCGAGAACAAGGGUAUGUGGCUUGGAUUCCGGAACGCGGUUUCAGGGACCUAUAUAGGACACAACAACGAUAAGCGCCGUAACUGGAGAUUCAUUGCCAAGGCAAGGCAUCAGGAUAGUUGGGAGUGUUUCUGUGCGAGAGAGCAUCCAAGCGGGGGUCAUGUGCUGUUAGUGAAGCAUUGGGAUGAAUUUUUACCGAUGAAAAUUGGGGGUGUGGAUAAUAAGGAGUUGGUGGUUGAUUCGGAGGAGAAAGAUGGAACGGUGUGGGAGUUUAUUAGAGUGGAUUCUGAGAUUUGAUUUCUUUGCGCCUUGAUUCAUGCUUGGCUGACAUGAAGAAGGAUCAUUCAUGUUCAAAAGCAAAUGUAAUUGACACAUAUAUCUGAUUCGGUGGUUUGUCUCCAGAAGUCCACCAUGUUUAUCCUGAUUAAUUUCAUCCAGCCGAGUGUCAUCUCUCAUAGCUCGCAUUGAUGCGUCUCUCUGAAUACUUAUACCGGUG